CCAAGCAGCUGGCCUUAUGAGACAGCUUUUCUGAUCCUAGAGAAUAAAGUGAGCAAGUUGACCGCUAUGACUGCACAAAACCCCAUAAUCAACUUGAACAUGGCAACAUUUGAAGAGUUUGUGGCCUCCAAACCCAGAAACUACUCGGUACUACUGCUGUUAACUGCAUUGAGUCCGCAACGAAAUUGUCCACCGUGUCGUGAGGCGCAUAACGAACUGAAAAUGCUGGUCUCUCCCUGGCGAUAUUCUUCAAGCUGGACGAAUAGUAUUUUCUUUGCUGUGGCAGAUUUUGAUGCAGCGGGGGAAAUUUUUUCCAUACUGAAACAAGAUAGCGCACCGGCUUUUGUGCAUAUUUCACCUUCGGCUUCUGUUUAUAAGCUUCAGCCGUCAGACUACAUGGACAUUCACCGAAGCGGUUUCUCUGCAAAUGCAAUAGCAGAUUGGGUCCACGCUCGAACCAAAAUAAGAGUAGGUUUGAUUCGAUUUGUUCGUCCACCGAGCUAUUCGGCCGUACUGCUGCUCAGUCUCUUCAUGAUUAUCGGCGCCGUUGCACUGUGGUCUAGAAAAAUUAGUUUAGAUGGAUUGUAUAAUCCUUCAUUGUGGUGCAUGCUCGCUUUGGUAAGUCAUAUUUUCUACUAUUUUAGAGUGAUCAGUUCAAAUCAGUAUCACUUGCCCCACACAACUACUCACAAGUAA